GCUGCAGCCCUGGUUAAAAUAAUUCUUAAACAAAAGGCACUAAAUGCAGAGCUGAUUAAAAUACAAAAUAUAAAAUUAAAUAGCGUGAUUUACAACAUUCCAAACAAUGACGGACACGGAGGAAACACAAGCUCCCACAACAACAUCAACGACAUCCGUUGCAGCACCCCCCGACAAGGAUUCAGCAAAAAUUUGCAUUCUGCUAAACGCAACUGGCAACGUGCCCAUUAUAAAGAAACGCACAUGGACCGUAGAUCCCAACAAAACAGUCAGUUGGAUACAAAAGUUUAUACACAAAUUCCUCAAACUCGACUCAAACGAAAAAAUUUUUUUAUAUGUAAAUCAAACAUUUGCACCUGCGCCGGACCAGAUCAUCAAAAACCUGUACGAAUGCCAUGGCACCAAUGGUAAAUUGGUUUUAUACUAUUGCAAGAAUCAAGCAUGGGGCUAAACCUGGAUAUGCGGGUGGCUACUUAAAUAAGUAUUUAUUUGUUAACUUUUAUGUUUAUGUUAUGUUAAUUGUAUAGGAAUUGACGCUGGAAAAAUCUUAUAAAUUUCACAUUUUUAUUUCCCUCAAAGAGAGGUCUUAAUUACGACUAUUAAAGGACCACAUUUGAAAACAA